AAAACCUGACAGAAGAGAGAACUUGUCCUCAGAUUGCUGCUUUUUGCAGCAGCGUAAAGGAAGGUUCGGCGAGGGCUCUGCGGGAGCUGGAAGGAGGCAAAAAUGAAGUUCAGAGGCGGGGGAUUAGGAGCCAACGGCAUCCGKCUGACCAUGGAGAGCGCUCUGACCGCCCGCGACCGCGUCGGGGUGCAGGACUUUGUCCUGCUGGAGAACUUCACCAGCGAAGCUGCUUUCAUUGAGAACCUGAGGAAACGCUUCAAGGAGAACCUGAUCUAUACCUACAUUGGCUCCGUCCUGGUGUCGGUGAAUCCCUACAAGGAGUUGGAAAUCUACACCAAGCAGAACAUGGAGCGCUACCGCGGCGUCAGCUUCUAUGAAGUUUCUCCUCACCUCUAUGCCAUCGCGGACAAUUCGUACCGCUCGCUGCGCACCGAGAGGAAGGACCAGUGCAUCCUCAUCUCGGGCGAGAGCGGCGCCGGCAAAACCGAGGCCACCAAGAAGAUCCUGCAGUACUACGCUGUCACCUGCCCCGCCAGCCAGCAGGUCGAGACCGUCAAGGACCGCCUGCUGCAGUCCAACCCCGUGCUGGAGGCCUUUGGGAACGCAAAAACCCUUCGGAACGACAACUCCAGUCGGUUUGGGAAGUACAUGGAUGUGCAGUUUGAUUACAGGGGGGCUCCUGUUGGGGGCCACAUCUUGAACUACCUCCUGGAGAAAUCCCGAGUUGUGCACCAGAACCACGGCGAGAGGAACUUCCACAUCUUCUACCAGCUGCUGGAGGGAGGGGAGGAGGACCUGCUGAGGAGGCUGGGCCUYGAGAAGAACCCACAGCAGUAUCAUUAUUUAGUGAAAGGUCACUGUGCAAGGGUCAGUUCCAUAAAUGACAAAAACGAGUGGAAGAUCAUGAGAAGAGCCCUGUCUGUUAUCGGCUUCAAUGACAGCGAGGUGGAGGACCUGCUGAGCAUCGUGGCCAGUGUCCUGCACUUGGGCAAUGUGCAGUUUGCUGCUGAUGAGCAGGGCAAUGCUCAGGUCACCACAGAGAAUCAGAUCAAAUACCUGGCCAGGUUGCUGGCAGUGGAUGGCUCUGUCCUUCGUGAUGCCCUGACCCACAAGAAGAUCAUAGCAAAAGGGGAGGAGCUGGUGAGCCCCCUGAACCUGGAGCAGGCUGCCUAUGCCAGGGAUGCCCUGGCCAAGGCCGUCUACGGCCGCACCUUCUCCUGGCUGGUCAACAAGGUCAACAAAUCCCUGGCUUACAAGGAAGAAAAGUUUCCAGGCUGUAGAAGUACAACAGUUCUAGGAUUGYUGGAUAUCUAUGGAUUCGAGGUUUUCCAGCACAACAGCUUUGAGCAGUUCUGUAUUAAUUAUUGCAACGAGAAAUUGCAGCAGCUCUUCAUWGAACUGACACUGAAGUCAGAGCAAGAGGAGUACGAGUCCGAGGGCAUCGCGUGGGAACCAGUUCAGUAUUUCAACAACAAAAUAAUCUGUGAUUUGGUGGAAGAGAAAUUCAAAGGCAUCAUUUCUAUCUUGGAUGAAGAGUGCCUGAGACCAGGGGAUGCCACAGACACAACGUUUUUGGAGAAACUGGAGGAAACRGUGAAGAACCACCCUCAUUUUCUCACGCACAAACUCGCUGAUCAGAAAACUCGCAAAUCUCUGGGACGGGAGGAGUUCCGGCUCUCGCACUACGCCGGGGACGUCACCUACAGCGUUGCAGGUUUUCUGGAUAAAAACAAUGACCUUCUCUUCAGGAAUCUGAAGGAGACCAUGUGCAACUCAGAGAACCCCAUCAUCAACCAGUGCUUUGACAGGACAGAGCUGACAGACAAAAAGAGACCUGAAACGGCAGCAACUCAGUUCAAAAACAGCCUGGCCAAACUCAUGGAAAUCCUGAUGUCCAAAGAGCCCUCGUACAUUCGCUGCAUGAAACCCAACGAUGCCAAACAGGCUGAUCGAUUUGAUGAAGUCCUGAUCCGACACCAGGUGAAAUACCUGGGCCUGAUGGAAAACCUGCGAGUGCGCCGAGCCGGCUUCGCCUAUCGGAGGAAAUACGAAGUGUUCCUGCAGAGGUACAAAUCCCUCUGUCCAGAAACAUGGCCCACGUGGGAUGGGCGGCCCUACGAUGGGGUGGCUGUGCUGGUGAAGCAUCUUGGCUACAAACCUGAAGAAUACAAAAUGGGACGAACAAAGAUUUUUAUCCGCUUUCCCAAGACCUUAUUUGCGACAGAAGAUGCUCUGGAAGUGAGGAAGCAGAGUUUGGCCACAAAAAUGCAGGCRACGUGGAGAGGUUUCUACCGCCGGAAGAAAUUCCUGACCAUGAAACGCUCAGCCAUCGCCAUCCAGUCCUGGUGGAGGGGAACCCUGGGCCGCCGAAAAGCUGCCAAGAGGAAAUGGGCAGUGGAGACCAUCAGGAGGUUCAUUAAAGGCUUCAUUUACCGGAACCACCCGCGGUGUCCAGAGAACGAGUAUUUCCUGGAUUACAUCCGAUUCUCCUUCCUGAUGAACCUCAAGAGGAAUUUACCAAAAAAUGUCUUGGACAAAUCGUGGCCAACUCCUCCCCCAUCACUCUGUGAGGCGUCGCAGCUCCUGCGCAGGCUCUGCAUGCAGAACAUGGUCUGGACCUACUGCAAGAGGAUCAGCCCCGAGUGGAAGCAGCAGUUGGAACAAAAAGUAAUUGCCAGUGAGAUCUUCAAGGGUAAAAAAGACAAUUAUCCUCAGAGUGUUCCCAGGCUCUUCAUCAACACUCGAUUGGGUAGAGAAGAAAUAAAUACUAAAGUCCUCCAGGCGUUAGAGAAUGAAGCACUCAAGUACGCAGUGCCCGUGGUCAAGUACGACAGGAAGGGCUACAAGGCGAGGGCGCGGCAGCUGCUGCUCACCCAGAGCUCGGCCAUCGUGGUGGAGGAGUCCAAGAUCAAACAGCGCAUCGACUACUCCAACCUGACAGGCAUCUCCGUCAGCAGCCUGAGCGACAACUUGUUUGUGCUGCAUGUGCACUGCGUGGACAACAAACAGAAGGGAGAUGUCGUCCUGCAGAGUGACCAYGUGAUCGAGACACUGACAAAAGCAGCCAUUCUGGCCAACAAAAUCAACAACAUCAACAUCAACCAGGGCAGCAUAAAAUUCACAGUGGGACAAGGCAAAGAAGGGAUCAUCGACUUCAUCUCGGGGUCAGAACUGCUCAUAGCCAAAGCCAAGAACGGGCAUCUAACAGUGGUUGCUCCUCGGUUGAAUUCCCGAUGAUGAAAAGCAUCCCUGCUCCAGGACCUGUCCCUCCACAGAAUUGGCUGAACAUUGUUCCCAGC